AUGAGCGGCAACUCCAACAUGAAUAUGAAGCGCAAGUUUGAGGACGACAUCGACAAUCUCUCGCCCAGCCUGAAGAGGAUGAGGAUGAUGGAAGAAGAAGACGACGCUAAUGAAGUCGACCAUGUCCAGCAUGGCCGCCAGUCUUUGGUUUGCCUCCCUGGGGAAAUGACAAACAGAAUUUACAAUGCUGACUCCAAAAAGAAGCGCAGAUUCGAGGACGCUCUUCACGACCUCUCCCCCAGCCUGAAGAGAAGUAAGGUGAUGGCAGAAGACGAGGACACCGAAAUGGACCAUGUCCACGUCGAACAAAACCACCAGUCUUCUAAUUUCCUCACGCGCAUCCCCGGGGAGAUCAGAAACCGAAUCUACGAUGCUUUCCUUGCCGAGAUCCUCCCGCAAUCGGAGUUCGUCGAGCCGAACAUCCUGAUGACCAGAUGCACGAGCAGCGAUGACGACGAUACACUCACGGCCCACGAGGCUCUUCGGAGAGAGAAAGCUCGCCGACAGCAAGAGCCAUAUUUGAGCGCAAUCCGAAAGAGUGCUCUCCGCUGCGUGCCUGGUGUGCGGAAAGAGUUUAUGUCGCGGCUGUGGCAUGCUGUGACUCUGCGAUUCUCCGCCUCGAAGCCGCAGUCGCCAAUCCAGGCCUGCGACUUUUCUUUCCUCCGGUCGGUUCACCCUGACAUCAUCUUAUACCAGGUCGAACUUGAGGAAAUAGGGCUUAGUCACAACGACCGCCUGAAGAUGGUAAAUGUGUUUCUCCCGUUCAUCCGUGCUUUGGAGGAGAUGAAAUUCAAGGGAACCGUGCGUCUUCUGGGCCGCCAGGAUGAUGUGGAGCUGGCGUGGUGCUGCAUCGACAGGAUGCAGAAGUACUGGCGCCUGGGAAACAGCCUCAUGGAGGUGUGUAAUAACAUGGACGGCGUGUGGCGCAUGAUGAGCGAUAUACAUCGCAACACCAUCGUCAAGGAGUCCCUCGAAACCACCUUCGACAUGGCCGUCGACAUGAGCCCCUCUAGGAGAAUCCCUGGUGUCUCAAGUGAUAGUGGCUUCAUUUAUCGAACUGCGGAGCCUACCGACCCGUUUGAUGGCGAGCCCUGGUGCUGGCAAGUGGUAGUCGGUCAAGCGGCGCCAACUAUUUCAACAAGCCCCUAUGCCAACGGUAGACACUUCUCGAGACGCGUCGAAAAGUUUCGCAGCAUCAAGAGAGGCUACAUGAAGGCGAAGGGGCUGCUUGCACCGGUUCCUGGGCAGGAGAUUGAGGGGGAAAUCGAACAUGGUCUGGACGUUUAG